UUUAGCGCCUGCGCUUGAGACCAGAGAAAAGUAAAAAAAAAAAACAGCGCGAAACGGGAGAGCAGUAAAUGACGCUUUCAUGAUUAGUUUUAGAUUUAGAGUCCUCUUUUGCAUUACCAAGUUUGUGUUAUAACGUAUUUUGACUUUUCUUUAAGUUUAACACAGUUUUACUGUUGAUUGAGUAGUUUAGGCUUAUUGACAUUAGCUUACUCAAACGUCAUUGCGUUAGCUGUGUUAUUGUUAUGAAGCCCGCGCGAGGUUCAAGUCGAGCUCCAUCCAAAGGACCCAAGGUGAAAAACAAAAAGGUAAAAGAGAAGAAACAAGAAGAAACACCGAAUCGGGACCAGGAGCAUGACGAGGUCACUCAGCAAAAACCAGCACCGAAGAGGAAAGCUCAAGGAGGCUCAUCUUCAGUCACCAAGAAGAGGAAAGCUGAAGAAAACUGGGGUGUGAUGUCGACCUCCUCUAUAAAGGCGAUGGAGAAUAUAAUAGACUUAUCAAUAUUAGCAACUCUUGCUUUGAGGCAGAGAGAGAAGAAAGAAAGCCAGGAACAUCUAAACACAUUGAAAAACAGGUUUUUAGCUCAUUGUGCGAAGCUCAAAGUUCCAGCACAGAAACAGAAAAUGUUGGUGUUUUCAUCUCAGCACCACCAGGAAGAGACUAAGAAAUCAGCUGUGGGAAAGAAGACUCUGAGAUCUCUAGCGGUAGACUUAAAGGCCGUUGUAAGUACACUGGAGAGGAUGGAGGAGAAGACCGUGUCUUUGCAGGGCUCCUGUAGCACGCUGAGAGAUGAACUGGAGGCGGAGGAGGAAAAAGCUGAACAGAUUUUACAGAUAACAAAUCAAACUCUACUCAAGCUUUUACCUCUUCCCCCACACAAAGAUAAAACACCAUUGCAGUUUCGUUUGAGAAAGAUCAUACCUGACAGUGACUGUGAGCCCACCGCCCGGAAACUGGGAGAAGUCCUGCAGAAACCAGAGUCCAUCCGAGAUGCAAAGGCGCUGCUUCUGCAGGCCCACAAACAUGCUGAGCAGCUCUUCAACCCACUACAAAGUGGUGCAUCUAGUUCAGAGGGAGUAGAGCCAAAUCUUUCCAUGUAAUGAAACAAUUUCCUCAAAAGCAACUUCACAGAUAUGACAAAUUUACUUGUAAGUGUAAACAAGCUCAUUUGCAGCUUUGAGUAUGAUGCAUUCCUUGGUACUACUUGCAUGAACUUGUGUGGUUGCUGAGUUAACUGGAAUUCCCUAUUUGUAGCCUGUUGUUUCUGGUUUUCACAGCUUUAUAUUUUCAAAGCAGUUUUUUUUUCUUACUUUUAAAACUAUUGACUGUGGAUUAAUUUAG